CAGCGUGAAGCUGGGGUCUGCUACCCAGAGACUUAAGAGUGGAUCUCAGUCCGUGCAAGACCUAUGUCGCUGGCCCCCCUGAAUCCAGAACAUGGCAGAUGGGGCGCAAGCCAACCCCAAAGGAUGCAGAAAGAAGGUGCCGGUUAGACACCCCUCUGGGAGUGAGCCCUCAUGCUUCCCGGCUUCCUCUCCUGGGAGAAUCUCCAGGUCUAGCCUGGGUAUGAAGAAGCUCUUCGCCAUCGCCCUCCUGGCCGGUAGCGUUCUGCCCAUGGCCCAGGGAAGCAUGCUCAACCUCAAGUGCAUGGUGGAAGCCAUGACAGGCAGAAAGGCCAUCCGGGCUUUUGUGGGCUACGGCUGCUACUGCGGGCUCGGGGGGCAAGGCCUGCCCGUGGAUGGGGUGGACUGGUGCUGCCAUGCCCAUGACUGCUGUUACCAGAAGCUCUUUGACCUGGGCUGCUUCCCCUAUGUGGACCCUUAUGACUACACCAUCGAGAAUGGUACCAUUGUCUGCAGCGAGCACCAAAAGACCGAGUGUGACCAGCAGGCGUGCGCAUGUGACAAGGACCUCGCCCUGUGCUUCCAGAGCCAGGUGUACCAUGAGGAGUACCGCAGCUACUUUAACAUCCGCUGCCAGAGCUCCCGGCCCCCCUGCAGCAUCUACGAGCAGCACCAGGAGGAGGGUCAGUGGCCUCCAGGAAACCAGCUCGCCCUGCCUCACCCCCGUCCCCAGCUCCUCCCCCAGCAGGUGGCACCUGGAGGACCCUUGCCGUGGAGACAAUGUCUAUGGACAGGAUGCAGGAUUGGACAGAAGCCAGGACCCAGCAACUUCCACAGCUCCGGCAGGACGGAGGACAGGGCAUGGGCCGCUGCGUGGUGGAGAGACCUUGGGGCUUGCAGGCCUGGCUGUCUGCUGAUUGGCAUCUGAGGGUUCUGCCCCACCCCCUAACUUUUCCCUCCCUGAGACCUCUGAGGAGCCCAGCUAAGACUGCCUGUGUUCCUGCCCACGGCUGGCCGCCCCCCAUCUCUGAGCUGAAGCCCCGCCAGCAGGGCUGGAGCUGGGAAGGCGUCUGGAAGUGGAGACUGGGGAGCCCUUGCCCCUUACUUGGCCCUGGCCCAGCCUCUGUGCAGCUAGAGCUUCCGCUGUGCUAUCCACGUGUACACCAGGGCCUUCAGGUGGGCUGCAUCUGCUGCCCGCCACCACCCCUCUCACCCUACACCCUUCUCCAACCGAGAAAGGCCUCCUGCUAGACCCUCUCUGCGUGGCCCUGGGGGCUGACCUCUAGCCCCCGACACACAGCACCUGGCACUACCGACCCCGUGCCGACCCAGCAGAAGGCAAAGGUGGGGAGUGGUGCUGCGGCCACCAGCAUAGGGUCCUCAGCUGGACAAGUGAAGGGCUUUCGGGACAAGAGCAGCUGGACAAGUGAAGAGCAGCCCUCUCCCAAUCCCCACGCCCUGUCCUGUGGGACAGUCGAGGGCCAGCGAGGACCAGCCACGUGUGCGAGUCACACAGGCGAUAGAGAAGAGGCGGAGCGGGUGUCUGCCUUCCUUCACUCCUCCUCAGUGAUGGCUUGGAGUCCAGUGGGCAGUGGGGGGAGAGGCCAAGGUCCUGGGUAGAUGCUGCUUUGCUCUGGCAGUGCCCCCCGCUGCCCCCACCGGUGCCAGACCACACAGAAUCCCCAGCGAGGACUUCAGUUCUGAUGUGACUCACGCAGUGCAAUCCCACGGAGGAGCAUGGCCACGGCAGGGACCCCAACAGCGAGCACAGUGGAAAGGUCCUGUCUUUCCAAGACAGCAGCAGGCGAGGCCAUGUGACUCACGGGGUCACGGUGAUCCUGGUGGCCCCUCGGAUCCACUGGUCAGCAAGUCGAUUGGCACCAGUACCCCUUGGGUGCAUUGGUCAAGCCGGCCUUCCAGAAAAAUGCUUUCCUUGGUAGAACCAACCACAGGGACGUCUCUAUUUAGAUAAUAAAUGUCUGCUGAAGCACCGCC